AUGCGAAAGAUCGUCGCACGAACUAAUCUCCGCGUUUGCAGCGACGGCCGUGCCUUCGGACCAGCCGUCAGAAGAAAGGCUUUAAUCAACCGGGCCGGAAUUGCGAUGCAAACUAGAUCGGCCAUUAAAAAAGCAAUCCUUCUGGUAUCCGAAAAUAAUGGCCACCUUAGCCAAUCAGAGCGCGCGUUUCAAACGGGCGGGAAAACUCGCGCCACCUGUCAAUGCGCUGACACAACUUUGCUUGUCUCUUUAAACAUGGCUUCCGCGCCGGUCGGCUGCAUGUACCGAGUGACGCCGAUCUACGAAGAAAUUAGCGGCGUCGAACUCCCCGAUUGCAUGUACAGGGUGGCAAAUGUGUACGGUGAAACGUGCGCCGCCAACGUCCCGAACGGCGGGAUGCCUAUCGACAACGCGGGGGACAUGGUAGCUGAGCUGGAACACCGGCAACAACAGCUACUGGAGAGGUUGAACCAUUUGAGGGAGCUGGUGGAGUGCGUCAAGGCCAAGCCUCCUUCUAAAGAGGCCAGCCCUGGUGAAGCAGUUAGUUCGGCGAAACCACAGGCGGCGGUCCCGACAAGAGUGGCGAUGCCAGUCGGCAAGCGAAGCGGUUCCCUCGUGGACAUCGUAGUGAGUGCGUCGCCCGAUCACCCUCCGUGGAGCCUCUGGCCGCUACGUCGCCUGCUGUCGCAGCACAUGCGAGUGCUGUUCGCGUGCCACACGCAUUCUUCCGUGGGCGCCCUGCCUGCAGAGCUCUCCUUCCUGGCUGCCGGUCCCGACAGUGGACCUUCGGCAGAGUCGCGCAUGUCUCAUGACCUCGCCCUCACUCUGGUCUGGAAGCAGGUGGACCAGAACUGUGAGGUCAUGGUGAGCCCUGUGCUCCAGGCGGCUAUAGUGGGAGAGGUGAACCUCAUCAGGUACCUCGGCCGGCUACUGAACCCUUCGUACGAGUCGGGAGACGCGGCGACGGCUACAGAGGUGGACCACUGGCUCUCGUUGGCUCACCACGGCAUCAUCCACGGGAAGAACAAAGAGCAGCAGGCCGUUCUCAAGGCUCUCAACGCGCAGCUGGGCAGGACGCCCUACGUCCUGGGGUCGGUGCCGGGGCUCGCCGACAUCGCCUUGUGGAGCGCCCUGCUGCAGGCCAACCUUGCGUGUGGGGCACCCAGCAACGUGAAGAAGUGGCUGAAGACGCUCAGCACAAACCCCAUCUUCGCGCUGCCCAAAGGAUGCCACGUCCUAAGUGAUCUAUGAACGAAUCCGAAUAGUAGAAACGUUACUUUGUCAUUUACAUUUGGGGAUGAUGUGUUUCAGUUCUGUCACGGUUCAGUUUAGGUGUAAUCCUUGUGCUGUUAAUUAAGGGGUAGAAGUAAUGGUUUACUGACAGUACUGUGGUAAUGAAAGCCGUUUUUGUGUGCGUUGAAAGUACAGCGAAGGCAUUGGCAAAUGGGUCGAACCUGGAAAGACUUUUGUUUGAAUUGGAAUUUCUCAUUUUCUCUCAGGUCUUCAACGGUAACUUAAUGUGUACUAGUUUACUUUUGUGUUCACUAUCUCCAUCCAUUAUUGUGGCUGAAAUUGUAUUAUGCGAGCCCAAUGAUACAGUAUUUUUUUCCUUUUGCUUUGUCAUCUUGGCUUGAACACACACAUGAGUGGGUUAAGGGGCUGCAACACUUUCACGCAUGGUGACGAAAGUGUCCUGUGAAUCUUAACAACAGAAACACGCAAGGCACUGUCUUGAAAUAAAUGGUCAAUUCCGAAAUAAAACAUUGAAGUUUUAUCUGUGUGUAGCGAUUUGGGGCUGUAUCCUUUGUCAACCACUUCUGAGAACAUCACUUUCAGUCAACAUUGAAAGUGAAUGUGAGCGGAAGAACGUCGCACCUCCCAUCAGUGUUGUUUUCACAUUGCAUAGCCACCAAGUGCAUUGACGGGAAGCCUCUCGCUCGAGUGGGGCAUGGCACUGGACUUCACGUCGUUCAAAAGUGACAGCAUCCUUGAAUGUGAUAACAAAGAAUGCGGCCCCAGAAAUGCGGCUUUGAAGUGCCGAUUUCAGCUUGAUGAAUCUCGCUUCAGCUAGACCAGAGCUGCGACAGCAUCAACUGAAAAGGUGGGUCACGGUACGUGCGUGUGGCUUUUUUCCGAGCAGUACUAUGGAGCAGGAGUGUGUGAAACACUUCAUUUGUGGAGUCAAACGCAAUUAAAGCCGAGGCUUACUGACCUAAUGUGCUCAAAGAGCCUUCUCGGAGGGAACAAUAAGGCAGGCACUUACUCCAACAGUCUGAGCACUGUUUCAGGUUGAUGCAUUCUGUGGCAAAGACUGUCACAUGACCUUUUAAGAGAGCAUGAUUAAAGUUUGCGCCCUGAAUGACAGGCACUAUGAAUUGGGACGUGAUUACCUUGAGCACUCGGAACGUGGCAUCAUGGGUCCCACUGAUGGUACCACAUUUGCAUGAGCAUAAUAUGAGGGAGGGAAGGGGAUGUCUUCCCUCGCCUCCAAAAAUGGUUUGGUGUUGUGAUUAUAACGCAAACUUACACUGCAAAGUGCAGAUCCGGAACACUGGCGUGCACUGAACGGGACUACCCGACUUAAGACUUCCACUUCGUCACAUACCCGCAACCCCUCCUGCACACAUACCAUAUGGUUCAAUCAUAAAGGCGACACUACACUAAUAUACUGUUAAAUAUAUUUGAUGUUAUAGAGUAAGGAGUUGGUUGACUAUAGAUGAUCAUGAACAAGAAGGACAAUUUGGUUGGAAAGAGCUUUCGAUCGCUUUUGGCAGUAGUGUUGUCCUGGCUUGUACUGUCAACCAAGAAAGCUUACGGACCACGAGAUCUCGGUAAACGCUGAAUAUCCAAGCAGCCUUUAAAAGUAGCCAUGAAAACCAUACAUCAAAAUGUUUGUCGCAUAUACCAGUAAAGACUGGAAAUGAGAAUACCAGGCUGCGUUCUGAGCCUGCGGAGAUAUUGAGCUUUUUGUCAGAUCCCUUGGUCCGUAAAAUUUUUUGGUCGAUAGUGCAUAACUUGUAAGUACGCUUUUUUUUUUUAACCCAUUUGUUAUUUUUGCCCAGUCACUAUAAACAGUUUAUGAACUUUAUUGGACAAAAAAUUGCAGCAGAUCCAACGCACUUUGAAUCUAUGUUUUCUUGUAUAGAACUUCACUGCUAUGCAAUAUGCGCUCAUAUAUAUUUUAUUUCUGACUUGG